CCCACGGGCGGACACAAUGUCCCAUCCACGCGCGGCGACGUCGACACCGGACGCCGUCGUCGGCGUGACGCCAGGCAGGAGGCUGCGGCCCGCGCGGCUCCCGGAGAGCCUCUGCGCCGCCCUGCGGACGCGCUGAUCGGCAUCCAGGCCGCGUCCUCCUCCUCCUCCUCCUCCCCCCGCAGGAUGGGGACGAGCUUCUCCGGCCUGGCGGCCUUCCAGUCCCUGCACGUCGUCAUGCUGGGCUUGGACUCGGCGGGCAAGACCACGGUGCUCUACCGGCUCCGCUUCAACGAGUUCGUCAACACGGUGCCCACCAUCGGCUUCAACACGGAGCGCAUCCGGCUGGGCGGCGCGGGCGCCGGCUCCCGGGGCAUCAGCUGCCACUUCUGGGACGUCGGCGGCCAGGAGAAGCUGCGGCCGCUGUGGAAGCCCUACAGCCGCUGCACGGACGGCAUCGUCUACGUGGUGGACUCCGUGGACGCCGAGCGGCUGGAGGAGGCCCGGGCCGAGCUGCACCGCAUCGCGCGCUUCUCCGAGAACCAGGGCACGCCGCUGCUGGUGGUCGCCAACAAGCAGGACCUGCCGCGGGCCCUCGGCGUGGCGGACAUCGAGCGCCAGUUGGCCCUCGGCGACCUCGGUCCGUCCACGCGGUACCACGUGCAGCCCGCCUGCGCCAUCACCGGCGACGGCCUGCGCGAGGGCAUGGACACGCUGCACGAGAUGAUCGUGAAGAGGAGGAAGUCGCUCAAGCAGAAGAAGAAGAGGCAGUGAGUGGUCACGUGACUCCCUUUGCCGGGAUGGCGUAAUCACGUGACUUUCGCCGGGGAA